CUAUCGUCGUCAUCAACGUCGAUCGCAAUUUCGAUUCAAACGAAUGCGAAUGUUAAAUACGUAGGACUUGCCGUUUACCAAGUCGCAAUUCUGAGUGUGAAUAGUAACAUUCACAUCUUAUUUCGGUCAGUAGAUUUUUUCGGCUGGUUCGGUUAACAUCAUAGAUCUUAUAAAAUCUUGAAAAUUGCUGAUAAUUUUCAGUUUCAUCAUUUUCAUAGUUUUUUCGAAUUUUUUUUCGAUUUUAAAUAAAAUAUUUUCAAAAAAUUUCUGGUAAGAUAAACAAAUCGUAUAAAAUAAUUAUUAAAAAUUGAAAAAUUAAUUUAGACUUAGUGUCAUUUUAUUGGACAUUAUUUUUUCUUGAACUCAUCGAAGUUUAUCAGAAGUGUGUGAAUUAAAUUGAAAUAAAUUUUUUUCAAUUGAAAAAGAAAUGCGACUAUAAUAAAAAUUAUAUGAAUAUUUGUGAAAUUUUUUCGUCUUUCUCGUUUGCUUGAGAAGUUUAUUUUUAUUAAUUAGCGUUGUGUCGAUAUUUCAACAACUAAUUAUUACCUUGAACAAUGAGUUGUGUUUGAAAAUUUAAGAGAGUAAAAAGAAAGUAGAAAUAAAUGGCAAUGUGAAAUCGGACUGCAAGCAACUGAUAUACAGAAAAUUGUUGAAAAAAUUAAAGAAAUGGUGUUUUUGUGUCAAAGCGUUGAGAAAAAGAGAAAGAAAAGUCCUAUAUGUCGUGUAUCAAAGUCGUAGAAAAUAUACUCCCACAAAAUGUUCUUAUGUAAUAGUACGCUUGGCAAAAUAAGAAAAUAUAAAAAAGUGCGCCCACUAAAUUUGGAUCCCAUCCAAAUUCAUAGCAAAUAAAGACACGAUUGGAAUCGAUGAAACCACUGACGAUGACUUCACUAAAAGUCGUAUUAUUAAGAAGAAAAAAAAAUUCUCCCAAAAUAAAAUCGAAUCAUGUGUUAGAUGCGUCCUUAUUAUUUUCAUUCGUCGGUGCGUGCUUCCGCAAAUGGUUUCUUUUCACAAUUUGCUAUUUCAAAUCCCAGAAAAAAUUAUUCAAUUCAACAUAUAAUCGGUGCUAGAUUAGUCUCAAGCUAAUGAUGUCAUUGUCGCCUGGCGAAAAUGUAUAAUUUUCACAUUUUUUCUCAAAAGUAAAACGAACAAAAAAUAAAUUUCAAAAGCAAGGGCCAUACAUUGCUAUAGUGGAAAUACUGUGAAAUUUAAAAAAAAUUAACGAUUACAGCGUAUUGAGUUUGGAGAGGACAAAUUCGAUAAAAAUAAACACGUUUAUCGGUGAAUAUUUUUCAAGACAAAAUUAGUUCGGAUAUGAAAUAAAAGGAGAAAAUGAAUCUUCCUUACAAUAAAGUUCUUCGGAAAAAUUGCUAAAAGCGAAUAGUUUGAAAAAACUACAUGGAUAAGUAGGAGGAAGACCUUGAUGAAAAGACGUUUUGUUGUAAAUAGUGUUGGCCUUGCGAACGAAAUUAUAUAAAUCGCAGUCAUGUUCAAGCAACAUUUGGAAAUGAUCGGUCGUAAUGAAACACCGAGCAAGAAGGCCAAAUUCUGGCAAUCUUAUGUCAGAUCACUCAAGGGUUCGGACGAUAUACGUGCACAUGAUUCACCAAGAGUAUCCAGCUGGAGACCAUUGAGCGCUGACUUGCCACCAUUGCGCAGCAUCUAUGAUGAACCGAGCACAGCAUCCGAACGAAUCAUUGGUACUGGUUACCGUUACUUGCCGGUCCAUCGCGAAACAUACGGUUAUUCACCAAGACCAAUCUAUUCUCACCACUAUGGAAGACCCAGUGGUGAUUACGCACACGUCUACGAUGCUGAGCGAGCAUGGCAUGAACAUUUGCAAAGAAUGAAGGAAAUCGAACGCCGGUAUCCUUCUCGUUAUGGUCUCUACCUUAAGGACAAGCCGAGCACUGUUGUUUUGCCUCAAGAGUUCGAACCCGAGCUUAAGCCAAUCAAGUUUUCCGGUCGAGCUCCAUCAGCGAGUAGAGCUGUGAGUGUGCCACCAAUUGCACCAGCACCAUUGCGAUCAUUGAGUAUCCCACCACGCGACCUUCGUGCUACUUCUGUCCCCCCUUUUCCGCACGAUCCAUUGUCUCCACUCGAUUUGCUAAGUGAGUAUGAUGCACAUCGCCAAAGAUGUUUAUCCCCAACACCAGUUAAAUGCGGCCGAUGGGCUCCACGCAGCUCUGAAGUAGCCUUUGACUCUGAUG